GCAGUUGCCCAGGCAGCCUCCUUCCUUACCCUGAGGCAUCUACCAGAGCCCCAGCUGCAGGGCAAUCUUCCUCAUCUUUGCAUUCCUUCUCUGCACAAGCCCAGUAAAACAUGGGACAUUUCUGCCAGGAGCAAGAGAGCAAUCUGGCAGCCUGCUAGCGAUAAGAGAGUGAGACAUUUCCAAAAUGCUACCCCUGGUGAGGACCAUGUCUCUGUUUCCGUCGCUCUCUCUCCUUCUUCUGAGUGUGGUGACGACAUCUUAUUCAGCAAUAGAACCUGAUGAGAGCCUUCCAAAAACCUGCCCUGUGGUCACCUGCGCUUCUCCGGGCUUGCCAGGCAGAGAUGGGCGUGAUGGCCUCAAGGGAGAAAAAGGAGAACCAGGCGAAGGGCUCAGCGGCAUUCAAGGUCCCCCUGGAAAGUUGGGAACUCAAGGAAAUCCAGGACUUCCGGGGCUACCAGGAUUUAUGGGCCCAAAAGGAGACCCUGGAGUAUGUCCAAAGUGUGAUGAUGACCUGGCUGUUUUACAAAGAGAAGCUCUGCGCUCAGAAUUGGAUAGUGUCGAAAAGUGGCUGACCUUUGCUCUGGGCAAAAAAGUUGGAAGGAAGUUAUACUUGACCAAUGGUAAAAAGAUGACCUUUGACAGAGUGAAGGCAGAGUGCUCCCAUUUUCAGGCCUCCAUGGCCGUCCCCAUGAAUGCUGAAGAGAACGAGGCCAUCCUGCAUAUCACCAAAGGAAAUGCCUUCUUGGGCAUCACAGACAAGGAGAGAGAAGGCCAUUUUGUGGAUCUGACAGGAAGGCCUGUGACCUACCAAAAUUGGAAUGCUCAUGAGCCCAACAAUGCCUACAAUGAGGAACAUUGUGUGGUAAUCCUCCCUGAAGGCACCUGGAAUGACAUCAGCUGCUCAUCCCCCCAUUUGGCAGUUUGCGAGUUCCCUGUCUGAGAAAGUUUGGUCCUCAAGCCCUUCUGUCCUUGGACCUCAUGUCAGGCCCACAGUCUGCUUUGAAAGAUAAGACUAUGCCAAUUUAUUCAUACCCAGUAUUGAUGCUACCCUUUGUGGGGAAUUGGAGAAAAUAAGAAUGGACUGAAAGAUGGGAUGUGGAAGUGAGAAGAAACUGGUGAGGGGGUACAAUGAGAGUUUCUGAUUCAAACUCAAUCACUGAUAACAACAACAAAAUUGUAACAGUAAUAGUAAAUAGCAGCAGCAAUAGAAGUACUGGUAUUUUUAAUGUUUCCUAUGAAUCAGACCCUAUAGUAUGCAUUUUAUAUUGAGUAGUGUUAACUUGCUAAGAUGUAAAAAUAAAAUAUUUUACU